GCCAGUAAUCGCCAGUGAUACGGACGAUGAAAGUCAUUCAUUUAAAAAAAUAUGUAUUGUGCGAUUCGUAUCGUUUCAGUUCUCUCUAUGUAUGGUAUGUAUGGUUAACUAGACAUGGUUGAAAAUGGACAGAAAUUCAUGUUCAAAGCUUUUCUCAGUUUUUUAUGGGUUAUACUCGUUGCAUUUUUAUCGAAUGGAAAAGUUACCAAAGGAACAAGCUUCGAUGUCUUUAAUCAAUCCCCUUCAAAGGAGAAGUAUUUACCAAACUACGAACUUUAUCAUAACUUAUCAAAACUGAAUGACUGUAUCUACCAUUUGGUGGCCCGUUAUCCUAGUAUUUUGGAUGUGGAAAUGCAGUUUCGGUCUAGAUGGGGCCUGUCUCAAUACGUAUUGCAUUUUGCUAAUUUAUCUUCAACAACGGAGAAGAAAUCACAGCCAGGUGAUAAAGUCAAAAUACUUUUAACUUUUGGAGAGCAUUCAUCUGAAUAUUUACCAGUAGAAAGCAUGAUWUAUCUGGUUCAAAACCUGACGGCGGGUAUGGAUAAACCGGAGGGAUCCUAUGCAUACAACUAUACAAUGUUUAUUUUAAAUAACAUUGACCUAUUUAUUAUUGGGCUGGUCAACCCAGAUGGCAGAGCCAUUGUAGAAAARACUAAAAAUUAUUGUUGGAAAGAUACUGGAAGUAGUGCUGAGCUGAAUAAACACGGCAAUUACUAUAGUAUAGUUUCGACUGGAAGACAAGUAAUUGUUGAACCAGAGUGUAAAGUAUUGAGAGAAUUAACAAGACUCAUUGAUUUUGAUGUAGCAAUUUCAUUUCAUUCAGGAAAUGAAGAGCUACUUAUACCCAGGAGAGGUACUAAAAACAUAGUUUCCAAUGGCAUAUACCCAAAUGAUGGWGAAGUACUAGUCUUAGCAUCCAUUUUAUCAAGUUCUUCUCCAAAACAUUUACAUUACAAGUUUGUUGACAAGUCCCAAAUUCAUUAUGGUGACAGCAUAUUUUCAUAUAUAACUAUAACAAAGAAGAUUCCUUUUACAUAUGUAGUAUCUCUUUGGAAWAAUAAACAUUACAGGAUUGUUAAUCAGCAAUGUUUUGUCAAGGCAAAUCCAAAAAGUCAUCAGCUCAAGAAAAUAGUCCAGUCUUUUCAYCCAAUAUACACCAACCUUUUUAAACAUGUCGUACAUUGGAAGCAAUCAAAGAAAGAAUCUUUAGCCAUGAAAAGAGAAUUAUCUAAUGUGUCCGUUGUGAUGCCAUCAUCUUUUUACCUACUCAUGUAUUUAUUGUUAGUGUUCAUUAUUGCUUUGUUCAUGGUAAGGGUAGUUCAAAUUCCAUUAAGUUGGAGGUUGUUUUACAGGAGACAACGUAGAAUUGUAAGUCUUAGGUCUUUAUCAUCWGCUUUCUCACUCUUUGUUAUUUAAUAAAUAUAUCUAGUUGUACAAACUUACAAAAUAAUGGACAGAUUACCAUGCAUGAAGAGAAGAUAGUUAUAUUAAGAAGAUCACCUUUCAAAACACCAUAUAUAUAUAUUUAAAUCACAAAAUAUUUUCCAUAUUCCUAUGAUUACUUGUGAUUUUAUUGAUUUGAGGUGAGGUUCAGUCAGUGGGUACAAAAAAGCUGAACRUCUAUCGUUAGAACAUAAAAUAUAAAGAAACUAAUAAUAUAUUAUAGAAAAGGUACAUAGAAGAACAAUAUCAACUGGUGAAAGGAAUAAAGGUAUAAAAUGAUGUAUUUUCAAGAAAAUAUUUUAUGUCAAGAAUAAAACCUGAAUUAAAGGUAUUUGAAAUAA